ACGCUCAUCUCCUCUUUCCACCGCAGACGUUUACUGUAUCCUAUACUUUUCGUCUUCUGGGGAUCGCAUCCUGCUUAACCUAAGCCACUGCGUUCUUCACUCAAUUCUACUCGAUCGUCCCCAGAGUCUCUCAAAGCGCAGUAGACAAACAAAUCCACCCGCGCGCCAGAAUCUCAACGCUUUUCGAUCUUGUUUUCGUCGAGUCCCAUCUAGUCCCAUUUAUUUGUCGCUCUAUACUAUUCUUUGCUUGUUUAUCGUCUUCCCAAAAGAGCCUGAAAUUGAACAUCAUGCUCAAGGGUGUCAAGCAACUCUGGCCGUCGUCCAGCAGCAACAGCAACAACAACAACCCCUCUAAUGCCCAGUCACCGAGCCAUUCUCCCUCCCAUUCCUUCUCUGCCUUUGGCGGUCCCCCUGACCAAGCCACACCCCGAGCAUCGGCUCAUCCGCAAACCGACCCCUUCGAUGCCCCACAAGCUGCUACCAGUCCUGCAGGCUUAACCAAGAGUGCCGCCAACCUUUCUCUCGAUCCUAAGCGCACGUCCUCUCCAGCUGGAAGCCAACAGCCAGGUCUGCGUACACCUAUCAGCCAUGGUUUCACGUCGUUGCCACUCGCUACUCCUGGAGCCGGCCAGCCAACCACGGGUGUAACCGUGGGUGACAGUGUCGGCGCUAGCGGAGGCCUCGGUUUUGGCUUGCACGAGCCUCCAAAGAUGAGAAAGGCAAUGUCCAAUGAUGCACAAGGUACUACUGAAUCUGCCGAAGCCGUUACGGAGAACUCGCAGGCAAAUUUGUCACAAACUUCUAGGACAACCGGUCCCAGAGGAACUCUCCGGGUCAAGGUCAUCUCUGCCCGUGGUUUGGCUGUCUCUCAUUCACCCGGAGCCGACCCUCAACCCUACGUCGUCAUUCAGUUUGAAAAGAAUGAAUACGUCUCUCGUCCUCCUCAUCCUGUCACGUCCGCCUCUUCUGUCCCAUUCACUACUUCUACGCCUCAGCCGAUAGGCACACCCGGUAACUUGACCAGGAGUUCGAGCGGGCUUGGUGUUAGCGCUAUAUCGAGAGCGUUUGCGGAUGCAGUGGGAAGGGGUAAGAAGAAGGAAGAUGGAAGCGGUACGAUGACACCAAAGGCGGAAGAGCCUGCUGGUGGUAGUUGGUUGGGUAAACCUGGUCCGGGGGAUCCUGUUUGGAAGGAAGAGGUUUCUUUCGAUGUCACUUCGAGCAAGCCCACAUUGCAUCUCUCUGUGUAUGAUCGAAACCGAGACGGCGAGGGCUUUUUGGGAAUGCUCGAUAUCAAGCCGGUUCUACAAGAUGGCUACGUUCUUGAUAAUUGGUACAAAUUGGACACCCGGGGUGACGAGGCUGUCACUGGUGAGGUCUGGAUUCAAAUGACCUACACCAUUAUCAGGAAACGCAUUUCUCUCAAACCGUCCGACUUUGAGUUCCUCAAACUUAUUGGCCGAGGCACUUUCGGUCGAGUCUUCCAAGUUCGCAAGAAGGAUACUCGUCGAAUCUACGCCAUGAAGGUUCUUUCCAAGAAGGAAAUCGUGGCAAAAAAGGAGGUCGCGCACACUAUUGGUGAACGCAAGAUCCUCCAAUGCUCUUUGGAGUGUCCAUUCCUUGUUGGGUUGAAGUUUUCUUUCCAAACUGAUACCGAGCUGUAUUUUGUCACCGAUUACAAAUGCGGUGGUGAACUGUUCUGGCAUCUACAAAAGGAAGGUCGUUUCAGCGAAGAUCGGGCGAGGUUCUACAUUGCCGAGUUGGUUUUGGCUUUAGAACAUCUUCACAAGUACAACAUUGUGUACCGAGACUUGAAACCGGAGAACAUUCUUUUGGACGCGACAGGCCAUGUGGCGCUUUGUGAUUUUGGAUUGUCCAAGCCUGAUUUGACGGAUGACAAGUUGACUAACACCUUCUGUGGUACUACCGAAUACCUUGCACCCGAGGUUUUGCUCGAUGAGAAAGGUUACGGCAAGCAUGUCGACUUUUGGUCGCUCGGUGUAUUGUUAUUCGAGAUGUGCUGUGGAUGGAGUCCAUUUUACGCUGAGCAGACUCAGGAGAUGUACCGAUUGAUCUGUUACGGCAAGAUUAGAUUCCCCAAGAAUGUCAUUGGGGACGACGGCAAGCAGUUCGUUAAAGGGUUGCUUAACCGAAAUCCUCAGAACCGUCUUGGAUCCCACCGCGGUGCUGUUGAACUCAAGGAACAUCCGUUCUUUAAGAACAUUGAUUGGGACUUGCUUUACAAGAAACAGAUCACUCCACCAUUUAAACCUAUUGUCGACUCUGACGAAUCUGUCGCCAACUUUGACCCCGAGUUCACAAACUCUUCAUUACUUGAUGCGGGCAUUGUGCCUUGGGAGGACGUGAAUGCUACUGUUGAUCCUGGUACGGCGAGCCAGCCGGGGAAGCACUCCUAUCUCGGCCCCGGAGCAGGUAUUAGCGGAAGUGUGCCUGGUGGUGGUGUUGCGAUCAACAAGGCACAGAGGCCUGGGUUGCCUGGGGCAAACGGAAGUCCCUUGACGAGCAGUGUGCAAGAAAACUUCCGAGGAUUCACUUAUACCGGAGAGUCUCUCAUGCCUCAGUCGAUGCUUGCGGACCAAUCAAUGGAUAGCGAUUCCGACAAUGAGAACGCGGUGGACGACGAUGAGGAUGAGGAUGAAGACGAGGAAGAGUAUGAAGAGGAUGAAGAUGAGGAGAAUGGUAUUGGAUCAUCACGAAGGGAGUGCGACGUCGAUAUGGACUGAGUUUGGAUGGUGAGGGAUGAUGAAAGAUGCUGAAGGGCGCGACAGUGCCGCUAUCAAAACAGUCAAAGUAUAAUAAAUAAUUCAGCAAGCGCAUCGCAACAUUUCUUUUUCCUCUUUGGCAGCAUUUUACAUGGCUCACUUAUGGUCACUUGUAAAACUGUACCGUCAUAGCUAUUUUUCUCGUUCACGAUCACUGCGAUAACUAGUAAUAAGCACCUCAUAUUGUUUCUUCUCUCACUUCUCUCUUCCCUUUUCUUUUACUUCCAUCGAAUCGAAUGUCUCGCACUAGCGAGUGUAACAGGUAACGAAUAGGAAUGUCAGUGGAAUGAAUGAAGUAGCGCAAUAUUGGGUGAUGAGACGACUGGCAAAAGGAGUUGAAGAUGCAUCGGGUUG